UCUGCACGCCCUUCAGAUUUUAUAGUUUUUACAGAGCAAGCUGAAUUUUCUUAGAUCAAGUGUUUUCUUUUUCGCGGAAAUAUACAUAGUUUUUCUCUCAGGUUUUUCUCUGGGAAUCGCAAUGACUAUAGAAAUCAGAGAAUGGCUUCAUUCCGAGCAUUCUUGAACAGCCCUGUUGGUCCAAAAACUACUCAUUUUUGGGGACCUAUUGCCAACUGGGGAUUUGUUGCUGCUGGGUUAGCAGACAUGAACAAGCCACCAGAGAUGAUUUCUGGCAACAUGACAGCAGCAAUGUGCGUCUAUUCAGCGCUGUUCAUGAGAUUUGCAUGGAUGGUGCAACCCCGCAAUUAUCUACUUCUUGCUUGUCAUGCAUCGAAUGAGACAGUACAGUUGUAUCAAUUCUCACGUUGGGCAAAGGCUCAAGGGUACUUGUCAGAGAAGAAAGACGAAGCUGGAGCUCAGUAGCUUGAUGCUAUAUUCCACAUCUUUUUGUGUAUCUUUCAUGAUUUUCUACGGGAUGUAAUUGACUCAUUGGUAACCAUUGUGUAUGUUAUUCAAAGAUAUGUCAAGGAAACUACUUAUAACACCAAUGUAGAAUUGGGGUUCUUUCUACCGAGAAGCAAUAAAUAUUUCAGAUUUGCUAAUUCUGAGAAAA